AUGGCCACUCUCGAGUCUCUCAAAUGGGCCCUCAGACAGAAAGCUACAGAAAAGGUGUCAUUCUCGAAACAACCAUUGUCAGACUUGCAGUACAGCGCUGGCUUCGAUACCUUGGUGCGGGGCUCAGGAUGGAUGACAUACCAUGACUUUAUUAUCCCUCAAAUUUGCCAGCUUUUGACCCAACUCUUCAGCUCGCGUACCCGUAUUUCGGUGCUGGAAAUCGGGCCAGGUCCGAAGAGCGUACUUGGGCAUCUACCUAGCCAUCUGAGACAGAAGGUCAAGAGAUAUUCUGCGUUUGAGCCCAACAGUCUAUUUGCUGCAAAGGUGCAGAAAUGGCUUUGUCCUAAGUCAGACGUGGAGUCCCCAUUUCCGUGUCUGGAAAGUGCGCCCGACAUCCAUCGCAUGCCAUUUAUUCUGAAUAGCUCUAAAAAGGGCGCCACAGGUGGCGUUACUUGUGGCAGUGAUGAGAAAUUCGACUUCGUUAUAUUCUGCCACAGUAUGUACGGCUUAAACCCCAAAGCCAAGUUCAUCGAACAAGCACUUGGGAUGCUUGUUGAGCAGCCCGAAGGCGGAAUGGUGGUAGUGUUUCAUCGGGAUGGCACCCUUGACUUUGACGGAUUAGUGAGCAAUCAAACGGCUUCUUUCUCGACCGGGGUAAUUUGCGUGCCAAAUGACGACGAGGUACUAGACCUUUUUGCUCCUUUCGUCGCGGGUUUUGGCAUGCAUGACGCAGAUUCGGACAAUGUCCUCCGAGCCGAAUGGCGUAACGUGUGCCGCGCCUUGAGCCGCCGUGAGGAAGCUUACCCAGAGCAUCUCUUCUUCAGCUCGCCCAACUUAAUGGUCGCCUUUAGCAAACAGGCGACGGCAUUACCGGAGCUGGCGGCUCAAGUGCCACUUUUGAGAGGAGACAUAACAGUUAAAAACAGGGAGGCUCGCCUUCACCGUCCCGCCUCGAUUUCUAGGCCGACAGAGAUCCGACACAUCCAGGAGUGCGUCCGAUGGGCUCUAAAGCAUGGGGUCGGCCUGACCAUUGUUGGUGGGGGUCACAGCGGCCACUGCUUAUGGCCCAACGUUGUUGCGGUCGACAUGAGCGCCUUUGGCCAAGUACACAUUCUGCCGACUGGGGAUGAUAGGGCAGAAUUCGGUUCCGACUGCGUUGCCUUAGUCGUCGCCGAGGCCGGCUGCAAAACGGGCGAUAUUGUUCGCAAUGCCAUGGCAGUGGGCGUAACGGUGCCCUUGGGCGCCCGCCCAAGCGUAGGCGCGGGGCUGUGGUUACAGGGUGGCAUCGGGCAUCUGGCUAGAAUAUACGGUCUUGCGUGUGAUGCCAUUGUCGGUGCCGUAAUUGUCAGUGUCGACUCUAGCCAGGUCUUCUGCAUCGGUCAUGUGCCAAGCCAACACCAGCCGGUCGGUGCCGUGCGCCCAGAAAAUGGAACUGACUUGUUAUGGGGGAUGAAAGGCGCUGGGACUAACAUUGGCAUCGUAGUCAGCGUGACUUUCAAGGCUUUCGCAUCUCGGACUUAUUCAGUUCGUAAUUGGGUCGUCCCAUUGAGUGACAGCCUUGAGGCGCAGGCCAAACUCAGCGAAUUUGAUGAACAUGUCGCCAGGGAGCUCCCCAGGAACUGCUCCGCUGACGCAUAUCUGUACUGGGAUGUCGGCCACCUGCAUCUUGGCGUGACCAUGUUCGAAUCUUUCGAGACUGGGCUCAGCUCUGAAAUGCCAAUUUCCAUGCCUCUAUCCACGUCUAUGGGGACAAUUUUAGGACCAGAAGACAAUUUCGAGUCUGUGGAUGGUGUUGGUUUGUUCGAGUCCGAGAUGUACAUGUCCGGAAUGCACGGUGGUCACAGCGGCAGCAGAACCUCCUCGUUCAAGCGAUGUUUAUUUUUAAAAAAUAUCGGAACACAGGCGAUCACCAACAUCUUGGUGACGGCAAUUGAGACUCGUCCUUCGCCACUCUGCUACCUCCAUCUGCUUCAAGGUGGUGGAGCGGUUGGCGACGUGGCAGCUGAUGAAAAUGCCUUUGGCUGCCGAGAUUGGGACUUUGCAUGUGUGGUGACUGGUGUCUGGUACCGCGACCAAGAUGGAACCGAAGUUGCUGGAGCUGCCGUGUGUUGGGUAUACAACAUCGCCAUGAAAUUGUUGCCCCUGAGUAGCGGCGUUUACAGUGCAGAUCUCGGACCUGACCCUAGAGACGCCGCACUGGCGAUCAAGGCUUUUGGACCAAAUCGGCCGCGUCUCGCCCGUCUCAAGCACAACUCAGACUCGCGCAAUGUGCUGGCAUACGCCUGCCCUCUCUCAAAAGCACCGAUGGAACCGAGGCUCAUUAUUCUCGUCACAGGAGAUAGCUGCGCCGGUAAAGACUAUUGUGCCGACGUCUGGGUCUCGAUGUUCCUCAAUUGCACCCAAAAAGGCCUCGUGGCGCGCGCAGUCAGCAUCAGCGAUGCGACUAAGCGAGAAUACGCGGCGGCUACCGGUGCCGACCUAAACUGUCUGUUUCAGGACCGUGGCUACAAAGAGCAACACCGAUCAGCGUUGACAACAUUCUUCCAGCAUCAGGUGUCAAAUCGACCUCGAUUGCCCGAGGAGCAUUUUCUAAAUGUGGUAUUAGGCGCUGCAGAUGUAGAUGUGCUGCUAAUCACCGGGAUGAGAGAUGAGGCCCCGGUGGCGGCCUUGUCGCAUUUAGUGCCGGAUAGCAGACUGCUCGAGGUUCGUGUCAAAGCUAGCAAAGACACGCGGCGUGCUCGCCGAGGGUGUCAAGGCGGUGAUGAUGAUGGUGACAGCAGCAGGCCAAAACCGCAGCCCUUGGACUGCCGCCCUAGUUUCAUCUUCGAAAAUGACACGGUUGGAAGCGAGGCGGCUAUAAGGUUUGCCGAAGUCCACCUGCUUCCUUUCUGCGAUGAGGGCCUUCAGCGACUGGCAAACAUGGUGCGCCCGGUACCCCACUUUCCACGACCUGGCGUCGAAUUCCGUCACGUGCUCAAUAUAUCCCAACAACCGGGUGGGCUGAACCUGUGCACAUCUCUGCUACAGGCUCACUUUUCCGGUGAAUGGACCAGAACCGAUGUGGUGGUGUGUUGCGAGGCCGGUGGCUUUGUCUAUGCGUCGGCGCUGGCAUUGCGGGUCGAUUUACCCUUGGCGCUGAUUCGCGAAGCCGGAAAACUCCCCCCACCCACCGUUUCCGUCUUCAAGUCUACGUCGCACAUCUCAUCUUCGACAUCCAACGACAUAGAAGGAAAUAGGAUCGAGAUGGAACGGAAUUUGAUUCCCAGCGGUGCCUCAGUGGUGGUGGUGGACGAUGUGCUUGCUACGGGGAAGAC